AGCCCCGCUGUCCCCGGAGGCCGAGUCCUCGAGGCCUCUGCCGCGUGGGGCUCGGGUCUCUAGGCCCUCUCCUUGCCCAAGCAGGGACCUGCCGGAAGCUCUGGCUCCAGGGGCAGGUCUUGGUCGGAAGCCCCUCCAAGAAAAAGGGCGCGGUCCCAACAGAACAGAGGCUCCACCACCGCCCUCCUCCCCGCCCCCUUUCCGCCGCAUCCCCCGCCCGGCAGUGUAGCCGUGUACACAAUCGAAAGCCGACCCCACCCAGGUUCCAAAACAGGAUUCAAAAGAAGGUCUCUGCGUCUUCUACCAGCUCCCUGUCAACAAACCAGAGCGGGAAGAAGCCGGUGAGAAAAACUUCUUUCCACCGCCCUGUGCGUUUCUGCAGCCUGUUCCGAGGCCGAGGCAUCUCCAAGGUCGUGAUGGCUCCCCAGAGGAUUCAUUUAUUGCUUCUGCUCUUGCUGCUGACCCUGCUGGGGCUGGUGCUGCCCUCCUUUGGCCAGGAUCGCAUGUACCAUCGAUUCCUGCGGCAACAUGUAGACCCUGAGGGGACAGGUGGCAAUGAUGCCUACUGCAACUUGAUGAUGCAAAGACGGAAGAUGACGGUGCGUCAGUGCAAGCACGUCAACACCUUCAUCCAUGAAGACAUCUGGAACAUUCGUAGUAUCUGCAGCACCACUAACAUCCAGUGCAAGAAUGGCAAGAUGAACUGCCACGAGGGUGUAGUGAAGGUCACAGACUGCAGGGAGACAGGAAGUUCCAGGACCCCCAACUGCAGAUAUCGGGCCUCGGCGAGCACCAGGCGUGUGGUCAUUGCCUGUGAAGGUAACCCAGAGAUGCCAGUGCACUUUGACAGAUAGGUGCCAUCCUGCAGGGGAGAUGGCCCAGCGCUUGGCCUUCCACUUAAUGCUUAAACUGCAAUAGUACUGCAUUUGAGCUGCCCCAGGCUCUGUCUCCUCUGCUUCCUGUUCUUUUUCUCUUUAUAACCAGUUCUGUUAAGCACAUUGUAUCAAAGAGAAAUGGAGACAUAAACUUAAAAUGAGUCUGGGCUUUGCUGUAGUAAACUUUUUUGCUUUCUUUUAUAAUACUGGUCAGUUGAGCUCUCAUCAGAUCCUAUCCUCUGGAAUUUAGUCAUUAUCUGUAUUUCUAUAGCACUUCAAACAUUUCAAAGUGCUUUCAUCUAAAUUAUCUCAAUUUGAUAGCACGGCAGUCCUGUGAUGCUGCCUGUUGUUGUAUAUAGGAGCCCAAAGUUCAGAGAUUUGCUGAAAACCGUGAAGUUAGUGGAAUAGCCGACACAAAAAUCCAGUGGAACCGAUUACUAAUCCAGGGCUUUUUCCACGUCAUCACAAGGAACAAUUUGAAAGUAACUGCUUUUUGUUAUUCCCAAAAGUCAGCUGUUGGGAGAAGCAUUACAAAUCUGGAAAUGUAUGCUGGCAAAUGAGAGCUCCAUCUGUGUGAUUUGGCUCCCUUGAUAUGCUGGGCUCAAGGAACGAUACAAGGAAAUUUCUCUCUCUCUCCCCGACUCUUGAAUCACUAUAAAAAGUCAGAAUAUUAAAAAUGUACUAGCUCAUUUACGACUCAUUCACUCUUCCUGACUGAACUGUUUUUCAUGGUUUCCUUGUAAUAAAGAAUAUAAACUGCAGGUAUCGGA